UCAUUUGGGCAAAGGAAGCUUCACAGCGGGCAGGAAGCAUUUCCUUCGACGAAGACAGCCAACGAACGGCAAAAGACCUUUCAACAUAGUCCAUUUCUCUAUAUAAGCACCACCUCCCACCCACACCACCACCAGCACUGCUAACGAGGAUGAAGGCCUUGUUGUUGUUGGUCAUCUUCACCCUGUUAUCGUCGCUCGGCGGUGGCAGCGUUGGCUCGAUCAUCAGCUCCUCCCUCUUCGAGCAGAUGCUGAAGCAUCGCAACGACGCAGCCUGCCCCGGCAACGGCUUCUACACGUACACCGCCUUCAUCUCCGCCGCCAACUCCUUCAGCGGGUUCGGGACGACCGGCGACGACGCCACGAAGAAGAGAGAGAUCGCGGCUUUCUUGGCGCAGACGUCUCACGAGACGACAGGUGGGUGGCCGACGGCGCCCGAUGGUCCGUACGCGUGGGGUUACUGCUACGUCCAGGAACAGAACCCCUCAUCGGACUACUGCGUCGCCAACUCGCAGUGGCCGUGCGCUGCAGGCAAGAAGUACUACGGCCGAGGCCCCAUCCAAAUCUCAUACAACUACAACUACGGGCCGGCUGGGAGAGCCAUCGGCUCCGACCUGCUCAACAAACCAGACCUGGUGGCCACCGACGCGACCAUCUCGUUCAAGACGGCUCUGUGGUUCUGGAUGACUCCUCAGUCGCCUAUGCCGUCGUGCCACGACGCGAUAACCGGGAGGUGGACGCCAUCCAACGCCGACCGGGCGGCCGGAAGGCUUCCGGGCUACGGUGUCACCACCAACAUCAUCAAUGGAGCGUUGGAGUGCGGGAAUGGGUCCGAUGCCAGGGUGGCGGAUAGGAUCGGCUUCUACAAGAGGUACUGCGACUUGCUGGGGGUGAGCUACGGAGACAACUUGGACUGCUACAACCCGAGACCCUUUACUUCUACGGCAGAUAGCAACAGAUGAGAAGCGGUACCCCAACACGCACUCUGUAGCCUUUGGUCACAAGACUUAUCCAAAGACUUGCCUCUGCCAUUUCCACAUACACCUCAUUUGGUCCAAAGGUAGCUUCACAGUGAUAGAAAUAAAAUAUAAAGAAGAGAUUGUAUUAAUUUAAAAUAAUACAAUACUUCCUAUUUAUACAAUUUUUCUCAAUAAAGAGGAUUUUUUUCAA